AUGAGAAGGGUGUUUGUGGAAGCUCUUAGGAAGAAUUGGUUGGAAAAGGGUGAAAGGGUAUCUAAGGCACAAAUGAGAGACGCAACCCAGGUGCAGAGAACACGUGUCGAGGAACCUCGCGGAACUCAAGAAAAGGAAAAACUGGGGAAAGCAACUUGUGGGAUGCCACGUCUACAAACCUAUGACCCUCACUCUUCUCUUCUCUCUCUCUUUCUAUCAUAUCCUUGCACCAACUGGGCCCACACUCACAUCAACCGUAUCACUUACCCCAACAUCAACGCUCCACGUACCCACCCUUCGAUCUCACCCGUCCACGUCUCCCUCGCUACAAUCCAACUCACUGCUACAUAA